GCUGGAGUCAGGGCAGAGCGUGAGGGGAGCCGGCACUGGCGGGCUUGCAUACAGCCUGUCAGGAGCGCCCGGCCAAGCAGAGCUAACUGGACUCUCAGACGGGCCCUCCAUCCCGAGGCUGCAGCAGCUUCGGUUCCGAGCCCGACCGGAACGGAGCCCGAGUCCCAGCCCCUGAGGGGAUCGCUCUCUGCUGACCAGUGGGACCCCGAAACUUGAACGCAAUACCCAACCCCUUUUUUAUGCUUUCCUUUGUCACUUCCCCACCUUUCUCCCAGCGCAUUCUUUUUUUCUCCCUCUCCAUUCUCCCCCCGUCGAAGGACACAAAAGUGGCUUCCGCGGAAAGAUUUGGAGGCGGUGGGAGUUUUUCUCUGGAGAGCGGCUGUGUCGAAGGGAUUUUGGGGAAGCCGCUUUUAUAACACCUCUGCUCUCCGCGCCGCAAGCCUCUCUGUACCUCUCCGAGGGGAAAAGCCGCGCGAUGUACAAUACGGUGUGGAGUAUGGACCGCGAUGACGCAGACUGGCGGGAGGUGAUGAUGCCCUAUUCGACAGAACUGAUAUUUUAUAUUGAAAUGGAUCCUCCAGCUCUUCCACCAAAGCCACCUAAGCCAAUGACUUCAGCCGUUACAAAUGGAAUGAAGGAGAGUUCUGUUUCUCUUCAGGAUGCAGAAUGGUACUGGGGGGAUAUUUCAAGGGAGGAGGUAAAUGACAAAUUACGUGACAUGCCAGAUGGUACCUUCUUGGUCAGAGAUGCCUCAACAAAAAUGCAGGGAGAUUAUACUUUGACUUUGCGGAAGGGAGGCAAUAAUAAGCUAAUAAAGAUCUAUCAUCGAGAUGGUAAAUACGGCUUUUCUGAUCCUCUGACAUUUAAUUCUGUGGUGGAGCUCAUUAACCACUAUCACCAUGAAUCUCUUGCUCAGUACAAUCCCAAACUUGAUGUGAAGCUGAUGUACCCAGUGUCCAGAUACCAACAGGAUCAAUUGGUAAAAGAAGAUAACAUUGAUGCAGUAGGUAAAAAACUGCAAGAAUACCACUCUCAGUAUCAGGAAAAGAGUAAAGAAUAUGACAGGCUAUAUGAAGAAUAUACCAGAACAUCCCAGGAAAUCCAGAUGAAGAGGACUGCAAUUGAAGCUUUUAAUGAAACAAUUAAAAUAUUUGAAGAGCAGUGUCACACACAAGAACAACAUAGCAAAGAAUAUAUUGAGCGAUUUCGGAGAGAGGGGAAUGAAAAGGAAAUUGAACGAAUUAUGAUGAAUUAUGACAAAUUGAAAUCACGUCUGGGUGAGAUUCAUGAUAGCAAAAUGCGUCUAGAGCAGGAUUUGAAGAAACAAGCUUUGGACAACCGGGAAAUAGAUAAAAAAAUGAACAGUAUCAAACCUGACCUGAUCCAGCUGCGCAAGAUCCGAGAUCAGCACCUCGUGUGGCUCAAUCACAAAGGAGUGAGGCAGAAGCGUCUAAAUGCCUGGCUGGGAAUCAAGAAUGAAGAUGCUGAUGAGACCUAUUUUAUCAAUGAAGAAGAUGAAAACCUGCCCCACUAUGAUGAGAAAACCUGGUUUGUUGAGGAUAUCAACCGAGUACAAGCAGAGGACUUGCUUUACGGGAAACCUGAUGGUGCAUUCUUAAUUCGAGAGAGUAGCAAGAAAGGAUGUUACGCUUGCUCUGUGGUCGCCGACGGGGAAGUGAAGCACUGUGUGAUCUACAGCACUGCUCGCGGCUACGGCUUCGCGGAGCCCUACAACCUGUACGGCUCUCUGAAGGAGCUGGUGCUGCACUACCAGCACACGUCCCUGGUCCAGCACAACGACUCCCUCAACGUCAGGCUGGCCUACCCCGUCCACGCACAGAUGCCCUCGCUCUGCAGAUAAAGAGGGAGUGGGAAGAGAGGUGGCUCUCUAGCAUCUUUUCUACAGUUUUUAUUAGACUAUGAGGGCAUUCUUUCUACGUAGACUGCUUGUUUUGCACAAGAAGUGAUUCUGUGAAUGUGAAGUGGAGAGGCCGAGCAGCAGCCGGCCAGGACGGGGCGCCAGGGGCCUGAGGCUCUCUGGGACUCAGCCGGGCCGCUGCGCUGACAUAGGGAGCUGGAAGCAGAAGCGGUUUUUUUUGAAAGCCUGUUUCAUUGGGGUUUUUGUUUCGUUUAGCCAAGCACCCUCUACAGAACACAUUAGGCCUGAUGGGGGUGGGGGUUGUGUCUGGAAGCCUCUGAAGAGUCCAUGUCCUCUUUCCUGAGAGGUCGUGUUCCUUGGGGAGUGUGGUGGGGCGGGGCUCUGUCGGGAGCUCUGUUUUGAUCUGGCAGUCUCUCCUAACUUCCUCCCCAAAAGAAGGCGGAUUCGGUUCUGUGGUAGAAUGGCAUUUGGUAAAAAAGACAACCAAAGGAAAAUGGGGAGGCUUGGGACUUCAUUUAAAGAAUCUUAGUCAGGGGGAUUAAAAAACUUUCAACCGAAGGUACUUAAUUUCUUAACCAACGUAAUUUAGGCAUCAGCAUCUGAGUAGCUCCUCCCUCUAAGGAAGCGUUAUGUUUAGAAACCAAAUUGAUCCCAGCAAAACAGUGAUUGUUGCCAGACUAAGGUCUGAUGGAACAAGGCGGCACUAGUAUCUGAAUGCACACUUCUGUACCAAAACUUGAAAAUAAAAGGAAAUUAGAAUGUUAGUUUUAGCAAACACUAAAAUUGGUCAGUGUAACUCCUUUUGCCCUGCCCUUGUUUCUCAGAGAUAAGGACUAGUGUUCUUUUUGUGGGCUGGUGAGCUUUGAAUCAUAAAAUGAAGUUGGUGCUUGUGUGGUGUUUCCAUAGCCUAAAGAAUGAUCUGUUGUUUGAAACCUUUGUAACUUGUUUGUAUGAGUAAAGAAAAGGUGCAAUCCAGUGCUUUUAGAUGGCUUGAUAUACCAAAUAAUGAUAUAGAACAACAUUCUUAUAUGUUCUUCCCCAAGUUUAAAGGCCCUGCAAAAAUAGUCAAGAUGGUUUAAUUUCCCAUCAUCUCCUGUCGUUUCUGGGUAGGGCCCAGGGGAGCCGUAGGUGGCUAAGGCUGUAGCUGGAAGGGAGCCAGAGUGUGGUCAGGGACUUCAGGGGCUCUGGUGUCCAGGGCGGGGGUCACACCGCAUUACCCACGUGCUUCCAUACAGUGGUUUUUGAAACUUUUGCAAGGAAAGGAAAGGAUGGCUUGGAGUUUAGACUGUUAGUUGAAGCCAUUUGGAAGCUUUUCUCUUUGCCUUUUUUUGUGAUCCUGCCAUUAAGAUGAUGUGCACAGACUGUCCUCAUGCUCCAGUGGCCCUGAUUUUAGGCCAGGAAUCUUCUGCUCCAUGUAGUUUAAGCCUUCCAGCUGAGUGAAGCUAGGCGAAUGGAGUUGGAGGCAGUAUCUACUCCUACCUCCGUUAUGCCCCACCCCCAUCAGUCAACACUCAUUUGACAAAUAGAGUCCAGCUGCCUCUGAGCCAAUCCUAGAACCAUAAUAGGCUCAGGGUGAGUCAGCUGUUUUGAGCCCAAAGCGGUGCAGUCAGGCAUCCUGGCUGAGCUAGAGAAGCCAAUAAGGUUUACAGCUGGGAAAGCUCUCGUUUGGGGGAUGAAAGAAACACAUUUUGCUUUCCCUGAGCACUUAUCUUGGUGACAGGGUCUAGAAUGGACCAUGACAUAGAAAUAGUUGUAGAUUUAAAAAAUUGGGGGAAAACCUCCCGAGUUACUAACACUGAGACUAGGAAGGGACGGGGCAUAUCUUUGGCUUUUCCUUGGUUACAUUGCAGUUUCAGGAUUGAGGCAGACAAAUGAAUCCCCCUCCAGCGUCACUGUUCGUUCCUAAGUCCUUAAUUGAUAUUCAGCCAGCUGGAUAUCCCUUCCCCAAAUUGCCAGGUUGAAAUGUUGAACAUUUUACUGAAUGAUGCCAGACUGAUUGCUACUAGGAACACCUGACGGCUUUGCACCUCGUGUUGAACCUGCUUAAGCCCUAGAUGCUCAAGAUUGGGUACGAGGAAUCCCUUUUCUGGUACUAAAAUUUAGUGUGUUCUGAAUGUCUCUUUUAAAAUAAGUGAAAAUGAGAAUGAGGACACACGCCUGUAACGUUGAGCUGGGUGUUGCUGUGGCAAGCAGACAUUGAGGGUGUGGAGGGAAAGAGCGAGCACCGUCUGCCAUCCGCACUUGGGCUGGCUUGUGGAGAAGGGCUACUCUUAAGUCCUACAUUCCUUUACUUUUAUGUUUCUUUCCUGUUUUUCAUUCUUGAAUUUGUUGUUUUGUGGGAACUAAGACCUAGGGAUCAUUUGAGAAGUUGGAAAGUGUCUUUUCUGACUAGUUGCCCCAUGAUUUGCUUGAUCCUGAGCCAGUGGAAACGGCAUGGGGACCAGUCUACUAACCACUUGGAGGGGUAUCCUGCAGCUCCUUUACUCCAGUCUUGGCAGUGAGUCUUGGCCUCCUUCGUCAGAAUCUAGCUCUGUGUCCUAUUCCGUGAUCUGAGCCCUGGGAUUCUCUCUUGGCAUCUUAACUGCAGCCUCACUGAGGCAGGUAAAGGGACAGACCAAGACUAGAGGGGCUCAUUGUUUUCCUGGCUAGAGAAGCUGACCACCAGCAUGGAAGUAGCUCGGAGCUGGGUGGACACCGGUCCUAGGCCUAUCUUUUCCAGGUUGAGCUUUCUUCACAGAACAAUGCUCUGUCUCCGUCUGGCCGUAGAUGUUAAACCUUGGCCAUGGCUCAGGCCUGUAUAGGCUAGCUGUGUCCCCACCACUGAUCUGGCCAAGGUUGAGGACUUCCCAAUAACUCCCCUACCCUGUCUCCAAGCCCUGAUGAGACCUUCCACUUACUUUGGACCUCAUGUGCUUCGAAGAAGCUUUGAGUGCCAGUGUGGCGUCUUCCAUGGGUCUCCUCUUCUUGCGGCAAGGAACCAGCCUUAUGGUCCUCUUCGGCCAAGAACUGCAUCUGGAAAAUUCCUGGUUUUUCAAGGUGGUUUCUGUUGCCAGUUAAGACUCCACAGUAGGUCUCUGUGAGGCUUCAGUGGCCUCAAAGCAGAGGGUCCAGAUGGGGACCUGGCUGGGCCCUCUGCUAUCAGUUGCUCAGCCUUGCUCUCGCUCUAGCCACUUGUGACAACCUUGUUUUCUUAAAAAUUCCAGCAUGUGACUUUGGUGCCCUGUUGUUACUCGUGAAAACCUGUUCUUCUGUUGUCUUUGAUGUAGUCAAAAAAAUUCAUGUAGUUACGUAAAAUAUCUGAUACACAAGGAAGCCAAUUAAAUGUCUUGUGUUGGGACAGUUCAUAAUGUAGUUCCUAGACUACUUUUGCAAAUUGUUCUUGUCACCAGAUGUGUUCAGACAUUGCUGUGCAGUUGUGGGGGAGGGUGGGGGGAAGGUGAGGGGAGAUACUCUUUGGUCUUUUUGUUUUUUACCUUCCCCAAGAGGGGACAGUCUGGCCAACUUGCUCUGGUAAUGCAAUAAAGACAUUGCAAUAAAGCA